AUGUCAUCGAAAUCUUCUCUAAGUCUUCAUACGUUACCAGUUGAAAUUGUCUAUCGUAUACUCGAUCGUCUUGAACAUCGUUCUAUUUUUCUAUCAUUGGAAGGUGUUUGUCAAAGAUUGAAUAUAGUUCUCAAAACUUAUCAGCCAUAUCAAAAAACGAUGAAUCUUUGCUUCACUAUCUACCAUCCUAUAAAGCAGGUACAACAAAUCGGCUAUGCACUAAGACACAAUUCAACAAUUACUGCGAUACAUCUUGAGGUUGAUAUGUGCAUUACCGACAGAGAAUUGAUAUUUAUCGCCAAUGCAUUGAAAUACAACAAGACACUUUGUUCAUUGAAAUACAACGGCUGUAGAAGAUAUAAUCACAUAUUAGAUCAUUCUAUUGACAAUUAUGCAGUGAUCCGUCUGGCGAACGUAUUACAACAUAAUACAACAUUGGUUACACUUGAUCUUCCAAGAAAUCAUAUUAAUGAUGAAGGAGCAAAAUAUUUAGCCGAUGCCUUACAAGCUAAUAUUACUUUGGCUACACUUGACCUUUCAUACAAUUGUAUUGGCGAUGAUGGAGCGAGAUAUCUAUCCAAUGCAUUACAACAUAAUACAACGCUUAUUACGCUGGGUCUGUAUGAGAAUCGUAUACGUGACGAAGGAACUUUCCAUUUAUUCAGCGCUCUGCGUAAAAAUACGACUUUAACUACCUUGAUUCUUAGUUAUGAGAACGAUUGUCUUUGGAUGGCACGACAUAUCUUGGGUAUAGUUGAUCAGAUGAAAACAGUUACUACAUUGAAUUUGAGUGGCUUCAAAAUAGAAUAUACGGCAUUGACUCGACUUUUAGCUGAUGCUAUGAAAGACAGUACACUAACUACAAUGGAUUUAAGUAGCUGUAAACUACGGAAUUCUGAUGCUCGGCUCUUAGCUGAUGUCGUGAAGGAAAGCUUUACACUUAUUACUUUAAAUCUUCGUGGCAAUCAUAUCGGCGACGAUGGCGAAUAUUAUUUAUUGAAUGCAUUAUCACAUAAUACAACAUUACUGGAAUUGUACAUUGACGAUAACAGAAAUCUUGUUGAUGUAGCACGAAACUUACCUAUGCUUAGACAUCAAAUUAAUACAUGCACAAGCUUAGAUCUUAGUCACAAUCAAAUCACGAAUGCAGAGAUACACCUUAUACUUGAUGCUUUACAAAACAGUACCACACUAAAGAGUCUUGAUCUCAGCUACAAUAAGAUUGAUGAUACACAUGUACAGCAUCUAUGUGACGCAUUGGAAACAAAUCAAAUACUGACGCAAUUAAAUCUUGAAUGCAACCAUAUUUCUUCCGAAGGAAUAAUAUGUAUUUGGAAAAUUUUACGGAUAAAUACGAAACUCUCAAUACUCUAUUUGAGAUGUCACUCAAACAAUAAUGAAGCAGUUAAUAGUUUAACGUAUGCUGUUUAUAACUGUCCGCCUUUUACAACAGUGAAUUUUGAAAACAACACUUUUCACAAUCUGGCUGCACGAUCUCUUGCUGGUGCCCUAAUGCAUUAUGAUUCAAGAAUUUCAGUGUUAAAUUUUCAAAAUACUCACCUUAAUGAUAGGCAAAUGGAAUGGUUUAGUUGUGAAUUGAGUACCGAUCGCACAAUCGUCAACAUCAACCUACGAAACAAUUCUCUUACAGACAAAUGUGUCGAGCGCUUAGUCUACGGAUUGAGAUGCAAUACUACACUAGUUCAGCUGAAUUUGGACGGAAAUCAUAUAUCGGAGAAAGCUGCAAAGCGUAUAGCAGAAGCUUUAGGUCAAAUCACACCUAUUGUGGGACUGAAUUUUGAGAAAACGGCUAACGAUAAUCAAGCGCUGUCAGAGAUGUUGAGUACAUUGAGUCUUGGAGAUGAACAAAUUUGCGUUCGACCAACGAAACAACUAAUCAACGCGCUUGGGAAAAACACAGCUUUAACGAUGGCAAAAUUAACAAAAGAUUCACUCAAAGAUCAGAAGAAGCGAAUUUUUGCUGACAGAUUGAUAAAUCUUCAGGCAUUAACGACAAUGAAUUUUCAGCGUAAUAGAAUUGGUGCUAAACUUACAAAGCGUUUAGCGUUCGCUUUACGCACAAAUACAACAAUAAUAACACUCGAACUCGGUUGGAAUAGGAUCGAUAAUGAUGGAGCUGAUUCUUUGGCUAGAGCUUUAUCGAUCAAUAAAACACUUGUAACGUUAAACUUGCAAAACAAUAACAUUGGCUUACAAGGUGUUCAGUGUUUUCUCGACACAUUGAAGACGAACCAAGUUAAUAUACAAUUCACUGUAUUCAUUUCGUUAAAUAAUAUUUCUCCAAUAUUAAAGAUCGUUUCGGUACCAACGCAACAUGUUCGUGCCUGUCAAUGCUAUGCAUACCGUUGGUGUAUCACAGCGGGUUUUAAUCAAAAGAAUCAAACGUGUAUUCUUCAUUAUGCACUACUCGAACAAGGAAACUGGAAACUGAUACCCGACAAUUGCAGCAGUGUGCUUACUUUUAAAAAUCGAACUACUGAUCUAAUACCUACAGAGAAUGUGUUAAUCAACAGUGAUGCGGAAAGUGGUCCAUGUGCAACAGAUGAUAGUGUUGUGAGCCCACAUGGAUGGAACAAUAACUCAUCAAUAAUACAGAUACAUUUUAAUAUUUCGAAUCCUGAUGGUAUAACACCCGCUUCACCGGGGCCAAGAGAUCGUGGUCGAUGUUAUUUCUAUGGACAAAUAACUGCGCCGACCACCAUGUAG